UUUUCCUCUUUCUCUUUCCACUGCAAGUGUCUGCAACUAUAAAAUCAUACAACCAACCGCCAUUCAACCCCAGCAAAACCCCCACCACAUUUGCAAUUUGCCACCAAAAUCUCUCUCAUCCUUCUCCACAAAACCCCCACCAAAAAACCCUAAAAUCCAAAAUUAAAAAUGGCCGAUCUGUCAGACAUAUUCCUAGAGGUGGAAGACCUUACAUCGUCCCUGCCCACAAAGAAGGUCCCACAUGGCGAUGUUUUCGAGGCCGCACGAGCCGGGGACGUGGACCGCCUUGGAUACCUUCUUGAAUCCGGUGUCAAUGUCAAUGCUAGAGACAAGUGGGAUUCUGUUGCUCUUUACUAUGCUUGUUUAGCUGGUCAUCUUGAUGCUGCUCUUAUGCUUCUUCUUAAUGGCGCCAUUUGUGAUGAGCAUACCUUUGAUGGUGAUCGUUGCCACUAUGCUGCCCUUAAUUUUAAGGUCAGGAAGCUUCUUAAAGCUUUUGAGGCUCGUCCUCCGCCUCUGCCGCCGCUUCAGGCUGCUUUAAGGGACACUUUCCUUGCCUGUGUGCCUAAUCGCCCGCUUUUCGACUUCACUGAUGAUCACCUUCCCUUGCCUGGCUCGUCGAAGCUGGAUGGACCCAAUCAGAACUACUUCUCCCCAGAUGUUGUAUUUUAUGUGCACGGUAGGCCCAUAGAAGCUCAUAGAGUAAUUUUAAGUGCUCGGUCGCCAUAUUUUAAGAAGAAGUUUGAGAAUGAUUGGAAGGAUCGAAGAGAAGUAAGAUUUUCAAAGGAGAAAUUAUCUCAUCCUGCUCUCUACAGCCUCUUGCACUUCUUUUAUUCUGACCGGCUAGAGGUUGCAGUAGAUGACAUGGAGGAUUUAGUCAGAAUUUGCAAAGUCUGUGAAUGUGAAGAAAUGCGGAGGGUGAUUGAGAAAGAACUAGCUCACCAGAAGUUCACAGAAUACAAAGCUUUGCAAGAAAUAGACAGCUCUCAAAGGCGUUUUGUAUUGCAGGGCUUGUCCCUUCCUGAGGAAGACCGUCUUCCUGCUGCUUUACAUCAUAUUCUUCAGCUUUCCUUGAACAAUUCCUCUACAAAACAGGACAUAGAUAAUGUUGCCCUUAAUUUAGUAGCUUCUGCUGGUAGAUUACAGAUCCAUGAACAUGCGAGCGAUCUUGCUGAUAUAUGUGUUGGAGUUGAUGGGCGGGUUUUUCGCUGCCAUCAAGUUGUCUUGGCUUCGAGAUCAGACUAUUUCAGAACAAGAAUUUCCCGGAUGGAUGAUUUUCUGGAGGUGAACAAUGACGUUCUUGGUCAUACUCUUCCCUAUCUUGAAGAGCAUGAUUUGAGCCAUGAGGCAUUUGAGAAAAUGAUAGAAUACAUGUACACUGAUGUUUUGAAAGAUGUGGAUCCUCAACAGGCUGAGGAGUUAUUUGAUGCUGCUUCGAGAUAUUUGUUAUUUCCCCUGAAGCGUGCUGUAGCUGAUGCACUACUCCCGCACCUAGAAAUGGCCUCACCUUCAGAAUUAUGCCACUGGCUGCUAUUAGCAGAUAUGUAUGGUGUCCUGAAGAUUAGGGAGUACAGUCUCGAUGCGAUGGCUUGCAACUUUGAGACAUUUGCCGACACACAAGAAUUCCGCGCGAUGCUUUUGACGCUUCCACCACCAUCAGGAGACUCGUCCCUCCGUACUACUGCCCCUAGUGCCCCUGGAGGAGGAGGAAUUCAUGACCAGGGGAACGUUCUUGAUGAUUUGCGGGAGAAGUGGCUCGAGAUUGAGGCUGCUGAGUUGGAUAAGAGAGAUGAGAGUGCCUUACUUUUUGACAAGCGACUGGAGAUGCUAAUGCACAUUGCCGAACAAGAACAAGAACAAGAAAAAGAGAUGUCGAAUUCAAUUAAUGGAACUAUGAAAUGCUCUAUGAUGGUUUAAUAGAGAAUUUAACAAGCUAUUGUGAAUACAUAGAAGUGCAAUACUGUUGUCACAGUAAGCAAUAUUUCAUCUGAGUGAUGGUCCAAGGUGCUAUCAUCAGCUGCGGUGGUGCUUAACUCAUGACUCAUGAGUGCCCGAAUUUGGGCCUCUGUGUCUUGUGCUACAUACUGAUAUCAUUCCUUUCUCCACAAUAUAUAAGAGGCAGUUAAUCCCACGCUUUGGAAACUACGCUUAUGGAAGGGUUUUGACUUCUAAGUGAAUAGGUUCUAUUCUAGCUUUUACACUUGUGGAAAAUGAAUACCUAUAUGCUAUGAUGUAUUUAGUUCAGCCCCAAUUCUGUGGCCAUGCUCUUAGUCAAUUUGUUUCAUCCUUUCCCCCCCUUUUUUUUUGUAAUAUGAAUGAAAUUACAUAGGAAAUAUAAGUAUAACAAUAUUAAAUUAUGUAAUAUACUCAUAUGUAUAUUAACAUUUACGGUUUACCUAAAACUUUGAACAAUUUUACUUGUGUAAAUUGGACUAUUUAUUUUUAAUAUUAGAUCCAGACUAUUCGUUACGUUGAA